AUGUCUGAUCGAGUAGAUACCAACGGUACCAAUACCAAAUUCAGAGUAGGAGAUAACGUCCACUUCGAAGUGUCUAAUGGAAACACGACAACAACUACCAGUAAUAAUACUAAUCCCAGCGGGAACAAAUCUUCCAAUUCAAGGAUUGGCAAUGCAACAGCUCAAGCCACGCAGCAAGGGAAUAGUAGUAGUGGUGAGCAUGACUCCAAUUCACUCUCCCACAAGGCGAAAAAGAAGAAGAGGAGUAAAGGGAAGAAGACAACGAGAAUUUCUACAUCACAUGCUCAUUUGAAUAAUCCAGACGAGGAUUAUCCUACAUCAAGAGUGAUAAAGCAAGCACCAAAUGGUGAUGUUAUUGUUGAAAGCUUGGAAGAUGAAGAAUCAGAUGGAGAAAGCGAGGGAUCUCGUAAUUCCCAUUCUGGUCAUAGACUCUCGAUUGACAAGCCCCAUUCUCAUCUGCAUCCACACAAACAUCAUGAUACAUUGGUUAAUCAGUCGAAUAUGGCUAGUACUGUUCACAGUGUGAAACGAAGUGGCCACGAUGCACAUAGUAGCUUGUGGGAUAGUGCAUCAAUUGAAGAACAGGAAAAAUUGAAGGAAUUUUGGGAAUCAUUGGCUGAGCCUCAGAAACUAGAAUUGGUCAAAAUAGAUAAAGAAUCUAUUAUGAAGAUGUUCAAAAACGAGACGAGGCAACAUUUACAGCAGCUACUGCAACAGCAGGGUGGAGGUAAUUCAAAUGGUAAUUCGUCUAGCCAGAACAAUUGUACAUGCAAAUACUGCGGUAGAAGAAAUCAUCUCAUUGAAGAGGAGUUAGAAAGUAUCUACGAUAACCAUUUUGAUGACAUCAUUGACUUUAUUCAUGAGGUUAGAGAUAUAAACGAUUUGAAUGCUUUGCCAGGAUUAUUGUUUGGUGGGUUUCAUAUGCUAGAAGAAGAGAGAAAAUUGCAAAGGAGGAAACAGCUACAUAGUGAGAACCAGGAAAUGGCCAAGAGACUGGUUGCCAAAACUGAGGCGCAGAUGAACGAUAUUAAGGCAGAGAUGGAAAGGUUGCAAAUGGCUUCCGCGCAAGCACAUCCUGAACUGCUCCAGGCACGAAGUUCGCAGCAGCCACAAAUGAAUCAACAACCCCACCCUAUUACAAGACCUCAUACCAAUGUGCAGAUAAGUGCAUCGAUACAAACCUCAAAUUCCUCUCAAACGCAAUUAUUUGAUAAGCUACUUGAUCCUAAACUAUUUCAAGCAUUGGAGGGUUUAGAUUUACAAAAAAUGAAGGAGACAGCUCAUUUGGAUCCCAAGAAUGCAGCACAUUUGACCAUGUUAGAGAAGGCCGGUUCGUUGAAAGAGAUUGUGAGAGAUUUACAAAAUCACGAUGGAAAACGUGCUGAGAGGGGUGCCAAAUAUGUACAAAAUAUGGGCAAGUUCUUUUCCAAUAUAGCCAAUAUGAAAGCAAGCAGUCCUGAAGAGGCAGAGAAAUAUAUGGCCAAGCAAUUCACUGAGCAUUUUGGACAAGGGCUUUCAACAUUUGCUGAGGACUUGUUGAAUAAUGAUGGAAAUUCGUUUAUAAAUAUGAUGGAAUCUCUUACUGAGUCGAGAACAGCUCGUGAAGAUGCAUUAAAGGGGAUGUCCAAAGACGAUAAUGUUUCUGGAGUGCCUUCAAAGGACCUGCAAUCUCGUUGGGUGGAUGAAGAUGAUGAAGAAGAGGAGCAUGAGUAUUGUGCUCAUCACCACCAUCAUCAUCACCACCAUCAUGAUGCUGAAGGGUACGAGGUUGACGAUGACGACGAAUACGACUAUGAAUAUGAUGACGAAGAGGAAGAAGAUGAUGAUUUUGAAGAGGGUGAGGCCGGAAAAGAUGUGAGUGACACCGAGUCUGAAAUCUCCGAAGAGGAGAAGAUGCAAGAAAUUCGUCGUCUAUUUUUGAUUCAAGUAAUUAAAUUGUUCCAAGAGCGUUUAAAGAGUGCCUACAAGGAGAAGGUUUCGAAAGACAACACUCAAAAAUUGAUUGAGGAGUUGGAAGCAGAGGAAAAAGCUAAAAAGGAGCGAGAAGCAAAGAAAUUGAAACAAAAGGAAAAAGCAAAGGAAAAGAAACGGUUGGCUCAGUUGGCGAAAGAAGAAGAGAAGAAGAAAAGAGAGGAGGAGGCAAGAAAGGCUGAAGAGGAAAACAGGGCAAAGCAAGAAGAGCAGAGGGCCGAACAGAAACGAAGAAAAGAGGAGGCGAGACAGAAACGUGAAGAGGAGAGGAAGAGGAAGGCAGAGGAAGCAAAGAGGAGGGAAGAAGAACAUAGGAAGAAGAUUGAAGCUCAACAAAAGAAAGACGAAGAGGCUAAGCGGUUGAAAGAAGAGCGUCGUAAAAGGGCAGAGCAGGAAAGGAAACAGAAGGAAGAGGAGAAUAAACGAAAGGAGGCAUUGAAGAAACAAAAGGACGAAGAGAAAGAAAAAGAAAGGAUUGCUCGUGCAAAACAGGCAGCAGAACAAGAUGAAGCCAAGUCCAAGCGGUCAUUGAAUUCUGCCAAUACUUACGACUCCAGGCCAUCAUUGAAUUCAGCCGAUGCUUAUUAUGAACAGGACUUGGCAAAAAGAAUCGAAGAAGAGAGACUCAAGUUUUUCACCGAUCCCGGUUCUAGUAAUAAUUCCUUCAACCAGCAAUAUCAACCCAGACCGGGCUCACUUUCAAGUAGAGGCUCGUCGGUUGGUCUCACUAUAGGACAGUUGCAUUCAGGCGUCCCAUCUGUUCCACAGCAACCCCAGUUUGCUAGCGACUUUACUCAAAAUCAAUACUUGAACCAAGCUUCGGUAUUGUCACCACCAACUGCAACCACUAGUUUAGUAAAUGGAGGUUCUGCAAUUAACCCCUCACUUUCUGGUAAUUUGACUACUACUGCUGCUUCUACUGCUGGUAUUGCUACCGGUAAUCAUAUCAAUCCAAUGUCGCCAUGGUUAGGAAAUUCUGGAUUGAAUCAGAACCCGGUAUCAACAUUUCUUCCUGGAACUAAUUCUUCAAUAAAGCCUAAUUUGAGCGCUACUAAUAUUCAACAGCAAGGACAGCCAACUGCUCGUUUCGACCCAUUUGGAACAUCCAACGAGCCCACGGAACCGGUUGCUACGGCUGCGAACGCAAAGCCUUGGUCCACUAACCCUAAUGCUGUUAAUACCGGAGGUAUGAGAAGCACUUUCCUUUGGAACAACAAUGGUGGCCCAACAACUGGUGAACCACUCUUGAAUUCAAACUUGAAGACUAGUUCGCUUUACUCUUCUGACAUUGAUCAGAACAAAGUAAACCUCAACGUUGGUAUACCUACUGGACUAAGUGCCAAUAGUCCAACUGAGGUUGAUUUGAUUCAGUCAUCAACAGUUGCUUGUUUCCAGAGUAUGGCAAACAUGAACCAGUUAGAAUUUGGAGUAGCUCCGCUAAUGAAAUUAUUCGAAGAGGUAAAGAGUGUUGCAAAUAGACCUCAAUUGUCAGUAGACCAAUUUUUGAAUUGCUGUCAAUCGGGAAGUGUCUAUCAAUUUGAGAAGAAAUACGACCCAUUUGGUAGAGUUACCCAUAUGAAAGUUGGGUCAAACACCUUUGCUAGGACCUCGCCCCCUGUUGCUCAGUUAUUUGCAUCUGGUGCUCCUGGUUUUGCCCAGUCUCAAUCGCAACUGACGUACCCUCAACAACCUUCAUUUCAGCGGCAAGAGAGUUUUGGCCCUGGGGGAUUUGCUCCCCCGGGAAUCCGUAAGACUUCACUGCCAGGUUUUACAACUGACCCACCAUUGAUGAGUUUAAGAAGUGACAUGAAUCCAAAGUCAACUACAAGUGGAUUUGUUGAUGGGCUUUGGAAUAACUAA